AUAAAGCACCCUUCCUUUGCCUCUUCUCGCAUUACCUAUCCCCUCCUCUCUCUCUCUCUCUCUCUCUCUCUCUCUCUCUCUCUGCUUCUCUUGUUUUAUCACGCUGCCUUGUUCAACUAAGAAUAAUAGUAAUAAUAAAAAGGGAGUGUGGGUACGUGUGGGAGGGAUUCUUGACCAUUGAUGAUGAGUUUGAGCUUGUUCUAAGAAAGGGGUUUUUGAGAGGGGGGCUGGAAAAGGCAAUCUUGGUUUCAGUUCCUCUUGUGUCAAAUAAUAUAGAGAAUAGAUGGAGUCGAGAGCCAACCUUGUCAAGAAUGGGGUGCUGAGACUGCCGCCUGGGUUCAGAUUCCACCCAACUGAUGAAGAGCUCGUGGUACAAUACUUGAAGCGCAAGGUGGCGUCAUAUCCUCUGCCGGCUUCUGUAAUCUCUGAAGUUGAGGUCUGCAAGUUUGAUCCCUGGGAUUUGCCAGGUGGUUCAGAGCAGGAGAAGUAUUUUUUCAGCACUAGGGAGGUGAAGUACCCAAAUGGGAACCGGUCGAAUAGGGCCACCGGUUCAGGCUAUUGGAAGGCAACAGGACUGGACAAGCAGAUAAUGAGCUCCAGGAGCCACCAGAUUGUGGGGAUGAAGAAGACUCUAGUGUUCUACAGAGGGAAGCCUCCAAAGGGUUGCAGAACUGAUUGGGUUAUGCACGAGUAUCGCCUCAGUAGCAAUAGUUCCCAACAGCAGCAGCUGGGCAAGGAUUUAGGCCAGGAAAAUUGGGUCCUCUGCAGGAUUUUCUUGAAGAGGAGAGGCAAGAAAAGUGAUGGUGAUGCUGCUGCUGCUGAAACAGGGAACAAGAAGACCGGUUCAGCACCGGUUUUCUAUGAUUUUAUGGGUAAGGAGAGGACUGACCUGAAUCAACUCCCUGCUGAUUCAGCCUCUGCUUCAAGUGGGAUCACAGAGAUUUCAAACAGGAAUGAAUCAGAAGAGCUUGAAGAAAGCAGCAGUUGCAAUAGUCUGCCCACUUCUCUAGCAAGAAAGCAAUGCCCCUAGAAAAGUUUAAAAAAAAAAAGAAAACACCAUGUAUAGAGAGCCAAGUCCUCUUCCUAAUUUAGAUUUCAGGCAGUCAAGUUUAAGACCUUAAUAACCUUUUCUUUUUUAUCAAUGCUACUUUGUAGUCUUUUUGUCA